GGUAGAUGGCUCGAAGUCUAAUUCUGAAUAUUUACGGAAAUAACAUCGGAUAACCUGAUCCCAUGUGGGUGGACCAAAAUUCGUCUCUAGUGGUGCUGAACAGCAGCCGGUUAACAACAACCACCUAAACCAACCAGUGUGAGUGUGCCUAGUGUUUUACAAAAAAAUAAAACAAACAAAGCAACCCUCGUCGCAGUUGUUGGGGUGUAUUGAGAGCGUUGCGUGAGUUUCAGUUCGGCCUCCUUUGAUAUUGCUGGCAGCGCAGAAUGUCUACCAAAAUGCCGGUCCUGGAGGAUGAUGAGCGGUUCGCGUUGAUGCAGUUCCGGCGCAAGGUAGCGGACACACUGAAACCGGAGCACGAUGACUACUAUCUGCUACGUUGGCUGCGUGCACGCAACUGGAACCCGGAGGCGGCCGAGAAGAUGCUGCGCGAUUCGAUGAAAUUCCGCGAGCGCUGGAAUACGGACGAGAUCGCCAAGUGGCCAACGCCGCAGAUAUUGCGCGACUACAGCCCGCACGGUGUGGCGGGAUUCGAUAAGGAGGGUUCCCCGAUCAUCAUCAUCCCGUUCGCCGGUUUCGACAUCUGGGGCCUGCUGCAUACGGUUUCGCGUGCCGACAUCGUCCGCAUGACGAUGCAGGCCCUCGAGGGCUACAUGAAGCUGGCGUACGAGCAGAGCCAGAAGACGAACAACCCGAACAGCCGCCAGUUUGUGGUCGUGUUCGAUAUGGACAACUUUAAUCUGAAGCAGUACAUCUGGCGACCGGCCAGUGAGGUGGUGAUUUCGCUGAUCAAAAUGUACGAGGCGAACUAUCCGGAGAUCCUCAAGUGUUGCUACAUCAUUAACACCCCGAAGGUGUUCGCCUUCGCGUACAACAUGGUGAAGAAGUUCUUGGGCGAGUACACGAUCGAUAAGAUCCGGAUUUAUAAGCCGGACCGGAGUAAGUGGCUGCCGGCCAUACUGGAGCGCUGCGAUGCCGAUCAAAUUCCGGCGUACUUUGGCGGUACGCAGACCGAUCCGGAUGGUAAUCCGAAGUGUGAGAAGAAGAUCUGCUGGGGUGGUAAGGUACCGAAGGAGUUGUACACGUCGAAGGAGGAUAGCUUCAACAAUAAUCUUACCUUUACUGACACGGAGAUCCGUAAGGGCAGUAAGCUGAAGCUAACGUUCGAUUGUGAGGAUACUGGUUGCUUCCUAAAAUGGGAAUUCCGUACGUUUGAUCACGAUAUCAAGUUUGGCGUCAAGUGCGUCAACAAGAAAACGGAUGAAUCGGUCAUCGAGGUGCCUCUGAAGCGUGUUUCAUCGCAUCAGGUCGACGAAUCCGGCUUUAUUACCUGCCAGCCCGGAUGUACCUAUCAUGUACUGUUCGACAAUUCAUAUUCGUAUUUCAAGACGAAAAAGAUACGCUAUUCCGUGCUCAUGACUGCACCGCUCAGUGAUGUGGAGCAAACGGUAGCCCCGAUAGCGAUCACCGAGGAAGUGGAUCCACAGGCGAGACCGGAAGAUGGAGAGGAAAAUAACGAAUCGUCCGUUCAGACGGCACUCUAAGCGGGUGCAAUUUUGAGCGCCGAAGAGUGAUAUGUUUUUUGGGAUGUGUGAUUAGAAACAUAACAAGCGGGGGCAAUUUAACACAACACGUUGGAAUGCAAAAAAAAAACAUGGAAAAUAUUGUUUCGAGCCAAAGAUUAACUUUCCACGUCUUUUUAUAUUUUGAUUGGAAAAUUUGGUG